UUCUAAAGUUGAUUGUUGGCAGUUAAUCUAAUUUAUUUACUUUUCAAAACAUUAUUUUUUAAAGAAAUUUCGCGUUUAGCCAAUUUUCCUACGCACUGCUGCGAUCGCUUGGUGCAGACAUUUUGUUAUUUUUGCAUGGCUGGUCUCGUAACUCGGCCCAGCGGAAAUCUGCUGUUUACAGAACAAAAUAGAUGAAAAUAUGAAGUUCAAAAGUUUAUCCAGAAUCAGCUGAAGAAUGCAUUUAUAACCCAGUUUAGCUGUUUGUUACCCAUUAGCUACAGAUAAGCUGUUUUCUUCUUCUUUUUCCCCUGAUGUAAGGUUGAAGUUGAGAGAGGUCCAAUAGCUGAGUGACCAUGGACUCCCUGUCCAGCCACAGCUCAUACCUUCUCCAGCAGCUCCAGGAACAAAGAAUUCAGGGACUUCUUUGUGACUGCAUGUUGGUGGUUAAAGGUGUUUGCUUCAAAGCCCACAAAAAUGUCCUGGCUGCUUUCAGUUCCUAUUUCAGGUCUUUGUUCCAAAACUCUCCAAGUCAGAAGAGCGACGUUUUCAACCUGGUUAUCCAGGAUGUCAGUGGCAUUGGUCAAAUAUUGGAUUACAUGUAUACCUCCCAUCUCGACGUUAACCAAGAAAACGUACAAGCGCUUCUGGACAUUGCCCAGAGCUUGCAGGUUCCAAAUGUGCAGACCAUGUGUAACGCUUUCCUCAAGCCUUGCCCCCCACCUGCAGAGUUGUCUUCCUUUUCCCUCCCAGGCAUGCUGAGCUCAGAGCAUGACUGUCUUCUGGGCAGUGGUCUUCCACAUGAUGUUGACCUUCACUGUACCUCUGAAUCCCAGAGGCCAAAUUUUUACAGUGACCUGGACCACACAAGAAGGAUACCAGUUUCUCUGCCUAGCAACAGCACAAAUGGUGACAUACCUAGCAGCUCUCAUGCACCUGUAGAAAAACAGCUGGUUCAUGGAUAUAAGCUCCGUAAUUUUUACAGUAAGCAGUACUUCAAACAAAGUGCUCUGCAAACCAGUAGUGCAGCUUCAAACCAGGGCCCAGGUCCUUUAGUGUUAUCAGAAGAGCAGCUUGGAAUGAGCCAGAGUCGAAACAACACUCCUGUAACCUCUGGAAACGUGCCUCAACCUAACCUUUCUUGUACAUCUGUGCCAGCUGAAAAGAGCACAGUCUCGUCUUUGACUCCAUCAGAUAAUCUCAACACCUCCAACUCUGAUCCAACUGACUCCAUGAUCAACAAGACCGUUCGUCCCAAGAAGACAGUGUACUUGAAGAAAUAUAACUACCUCCGGUCUCAGAAGGCUCUGGAGGAGAUGUGCACUGAGGCGGCCAUCGAGCCCAUCCACAUUUGUCCCAAAGAGAUCCAUUCAGAAGAAAACAUCACUCGGAGUGAAGUCCCAGCACCUCCAGUAGAAUGCAGCCCUGCAGAUAGAGGGGAAGCUUCAGAGGCAGCAGACAUUGAGCUUCCCAGUCCUCCUCCUAUAAACCAAAAGAAGACAAACUUAAAGCCUGUGCCAGAGCCCACUCUGCAAACAGGACACAAGCAGUAUUGUUGCGAAGUUUGUGGGAAGAUCUUUAAACACCCGAGCAACCUGGAGCUGCACAAGCGCUCGCACACAGGUGAGAAGCCAUUCCAGUGCAGUAUUUGUGGAAAACACUUCUCACAGGCAGGAAAUUUACAGACACAUUUGAGGCGACAUUCUGGAGAGAAGCCAUACAUCUGUGAGCUCUGUGGUAAAAGCUUUACUGCAUCAGGAGAUGUCCAGCGUCACAAAGUGGUUCACACAGGAGAGAAACCCCAUCUGUGUGAUAUAUGUGGUCGAGGAUUUAACAACUUGAGCAAUCUGAAGGAGCAUAAAAUGACUCAUGCAACUGACACGAGCUUUGCCUGUGACCAGUGUGGAAAAUCAUUCAACACACACAGAAAGGUUCUGAAGCACAAGGCUCGUCACACUGGAGGAAAACCACACAGCUGUGCCACCUGUGGUAAGUGUUUUAUUGGCUCCGGAGACCUGCAGCGACAUAUACGAUCACACACCGGUGAGAAGCCGUAUGUGUGUAAUACCUGUGGAAAGAGCUUUACCCGCUCUGCCAUGCUGAGGAGACACAGUAGUAUGCACUGCAAGGGGCCUCCAGUCUCCAGCCCAGUCACAGUCACAGUCAUUUCUGAGCAGACGGACAGCUCCGAUGGAGCAGCCUCAUUCGCCAAGCCCAACAGCCCCAAUAAGCCACCUGCCACCACCCUGGAACAGCACUCCUCUGCUAUGUUGCCUAACACAGGGUUAGAUAAACCCCCACCACCAAGCCCGUCACCACCACAAGCAACACAACAUGCUGAGACUUCAUCUCCCAGCAUGCAUUUAAGCCCAGCACUGACAUCCCUUCCAGAGCUACGCUCCUUGGUUCCUCAUCACCUCCUGUCAUCCAGCCACCAGGAGAGAAGUGUAGCUCUUCUCUCUGCAGAUCGCAUCAAGCUGUCCAAACAGCAGGCGUCUCCAGAGGUAGUGUAUGGUCCUUACAUGGAGAAUGGGAAUAUGUCUAUCGAGAGAGAUCCAGCAGGGAGACCCUACCUGCCUCCCACAGACUGUAGUUCCCUCACAGGGUCCAGCAGGCCUUUUAGGUCAAAUGAAGGCCAGUUUAUCUCCAGUGUGACUCUGUGGGGCCUGGCUAUGAAAACGCUGCAGAAUGAUAACGACAUGGAGCAGUAAUCUAGAACACAGGAUUCACAGAUUAAAGGCGUUAAUGCGCCUUCAUUGGGAUUAUUCGAAACUGGCCAGUGCUGUUGGCGGUAACCUGUUGGAGGUAGCAAAAAUAAUUAUAUGAAUUCUAAAUCUGGAUGGAGAUUGUUCUUCCAGAUUGUACUGAUGAUGUAUUUACAUUAUUAAAAUAUACAUUAUUAUUAAAAUAUAUUUGUGCUGCUUUUUUCA